AUAAAACAGAAAGCAAAAUAGCGUUUCAGCUGGCCAGCGCCAGCUCGAGUAGAAGAUGUUUCACCUUUUUCUGGUAAGAAAGUAAAGAGGUCCACAAGUAUUCCUCAAAAAGGACUACACGGAUCAGUUCUCAUUCCAACCGAUUUCAACAUUCCAAAUUUAUGGUCUACAACACGCGCACUAAUCUUGUCUUCGAAGUUACCACUAGUUUCAUCACGCCUACCCAAAUAACCCAUGAAUAUGACCCAUGACAAAAUUUUGAUUUGUAGGCAAUAGGCAUUGGCAGCUCUUUGAUUCUGAAAACAUGGCAAGCUAAAUAAAUCAUCUAUCGUGUAGUUGUAUUAGGAUAGUCAAAGCCAAUCAGAACUUUUACUUCAAAAUGCCGUUCGCCGCGGUUUCCACAGCGGACAAAGAUGCCGCAAUCUUCCUGGAAGCCAGACGGGGUCAGCAGGUGGAGUGUAAGCAAUGCGGGAAAGCGUGCAUGACGGACGACUGUCCGUACACCUACACGUGUAAAAACGAGCAUUUAACCUGGCUCUGCAGCAAUGAGUGCGGCGCGCGGUUCAAGAAGGAAAUCGAGAAGCAGAUCAAGGCCAUGUCGCGGAUGCACAAAACGCGGUUGAACAACUUUGAACUGAUGAACUUAGACGAAGCGAUGAAGCGGAACGCUUUAAUCUGUCCGGAGUGUAAGGGGUGUUGCCAGUUUUUCGACAAUAAGAAAAUCCGGGAAGAGCAAACAGAGCAGAAGAAACUAGACGGGGAUGUGAAUAGCUCGGAAGAGGAAAAGAUCCGGGAAAGGGAUGAACUAGUCGCGGGCAUGGAGCCGGAAGACCAGGACUAUGAAAUGUUUGCCGACCUUCAGGAGUUUGCGAUGGUCGGAUAUGAAGAUGUUGACGAAGACAGUGAAACGGAGGCGAUGAAUGCAGUGUCGAGGCAAGUGAGGGAACAGAACCGAAUUUUUGAAAGCGAGGCGAAGGCUGUGGAAUGGCUCGACAUGGUCUCCGAAAAAAUUUUAUGCAUUUUGCAAACAUAUGGAUCUGGGUCUGGAACAUCAAGGUGUUGCAACUUGUAAUGCAUACUGUAGAUUCAUAUCACACAAAUGCCCAUUUUUGGCCAUGCUGAAAGUGCAUCUGUUCCCAUGCGAUAUAUGGUUUUGGUUUUUCUUUUUUUUUGCAAACGAAACAAGCCCUUACAAAUAAACCUGUCAUGCUGGUGUACCCAGCAUUCCAGUCCUCGUAAGAAUCUGCAUCACAAAAUCCUGCACUCAUCCAGACCCAAAAUCACGUGUUUGCCAUGCAUAAAUUGAGAGCAACCAGUUGAUGGCAGAUCCGGACGAGGUCGAGGAGGAGGACGACGAUUCCUCUUCAAAAGACGACAUGAGCAAAAUGCACCUCGUUCCGGUUUUGACGAAAACGUUGAAACCGUUUCAAAUCGACCGGUUGAAGAAACGAUACAGGAGAUUCCGCGAAGCAUACGAACUGUUUGAGAUGCGGAAGCACGAAAAGGCGUUUGAGGCGAUGCAGAAGCAGCAGGAACAGAUUAAGAAACAGCAGGAGGAGGAGAAGGAAAAAAAGCGGUUAGCGGAACUGGAGAAGGAAGAACAGAAGAAAAAAGAGCAGGAGGAGCGGAAAAGACUCGAAGAGCAGAAACGGAAGGAGAGAGAAGAGAAACUCCGGUUAGCGAAGGAAAACGAAGAGGAGAACGAGCAGGACAGUUCCAUGAUGGCUACUUCGGAGUUGGAAACGUCUCAAGCGCCAGAUUUCGACAGCAUGCGGGUUUUAAAUUCCCCCCGGAAUUACGAUGAAAACGGGGAGAAAAUCGCCGGUGGAGGAAACAACAACAAUAAUUCAUCUGCUGACAAAGACAACACCAUCACCAUGGAGGCGUUUGGUGCUUCCGGUGCGGUCUUGAAAGUCAAAAAGAAGAAGCAAGCAGUAGAAGACAAAAACGCAAAGAACGGAAAACAAGCAUUAAACAAGCAGCGACAAUCCUUCAAGUACCAGUCACGGAAAACCCUCAACACUUUAACCGAAAAACUCGCGGAGAUUCUCAACACCAAUACCGAAAUGCCGGAUGUGACAAACGAAACAACCGAGUGGUGCGAAGAUUGGAUCAUGGACCAGCUGGAAAAGAACGGGGAAUUGGAUUUGUUCAAAUACGUGGAUAAUCUAGUAAGAGAACAGGCCUCCAUGCAGUGGUCGGCGUUUCUCACCCACUGUGGCAAAAACGCGAAGAAGAAGCCAAGUCAAUUGGAUCAUCUGUCGCUGAUCCAUUUUCUCGCUUUCUUGGGUGACAGGGCGCCGGAGAUGCUGUCGUUAGUGGAUGGGGACGGGAUUUUGUACGUGGUCAUGCGGAUGGUUGGCGGGGAAUUGACCGAGUAUGCUGAUUUAGAUAAGAGAAAAACCUGGGCGGAGAAUGCGGAUAAAUCAUUACAAAACACGCAGUUAACGAUGUUGACACAGACGUCUUCUGCGCAGCUAACGAACAGCGGCAUGAACAGCGGUGCAGGCGGUCCUUCUAAACAAGGUGGCAAUUUGAACAACCAAAACGGACAUCAAGAUUCCUGGAUGGAGGAAGACGAGGAUGACUACCUGGACGACAGCCGGAAUUUAGAUCAGGACACGGAAGUGGAUUCUUACUACGGCCAGAAUUCCAAGAAUAGAAGAGACAAUAAUUACAACAACAUGCAGAUCCCUUUACCGGUAACCACGUCCACGAGGACAGACCAGACAAGAACGAAGUCGAAGGAUGAAGUUGAGUAUGAGUUCCAAAACCAGUCGGGGCUUGUUCGAACACAAAGCGACGCCGAGUGGUACGACUACAAACCGCCGCCACCGCCGCAUAUGGUAGAGGUUUUGACGUUUCUCUCUCUUUUGUGUUGUGCUUGCGCAUGACAGAUUUUUAGAAAGUCGUGGUCGCAAAAAAAUGCAUAAAACGCAUGACGAAUAAACCAAAUUCUAUCACAGCCCACCGCCCACGCCAUCUACAUGCAAGACCAACAGCACGAUGAGUGGGAGAACAAUGAGGAAUUGCAGGAAAUGCUCCGUGGGGAUUACAGUAGCUUUCGACACCGAGAUUUCCUGCACGACGACGAAUCCGAUUACAAACUCCGGGAGCAGAUGUUCAAUCUGGGCAAUCUCUCUUCCGCAGACCCAAGUCAGAUUGACAUCUCCGCGGAUUCUAGGACCACUUGCCCACCACUCGCUAUGCAGAUUGAAGAUUUUUCCCACGAGCAGAAAAUCCGAAAUUGCUUGCGGUUCGUCUCCUUAGAAUUCUACAAGUACAUGGCGGUGGUUUUGGAUGAUUACUAUCCACUGCAAAUAUGUCUGGGUCUGGGAACUUGUGAUGCACGUCUGCGAUUUUUGAAGAGCGCACUUGAAUGGGUAACAACGCAUGGCAACUUUUUCAGCUGCUAUGUUUUGCGUAUUCGCAUGGCAAAUGGCGUUUUUGCAUGACAGGCUAGAGGAGCUUUUGUUCGUGCGUAUGCAUCACAGACCUUAGAGUCAUGCCAGAAAGAUAUGACAAACCGUGCAUCCCUCCAGAUGACCCUGACCUAUUUGCAAUGCAUAACUACAACCAGUACACAAAUUUGGAUAAACACUGGCUGCACUUCAUCAUAAAACUGUGCGAAGACGAAGAAUGUGAGGAAUACGAGUGCAUACCGGGGUCGGAAGGUAUUGUAUAAAGGAAGCGAUUUAUUUGCUCGCGUAUUUGAACAGAACUUGUGUUGCUAGUCGUGCCAAAAGAGACGUAAACCUGUCAUGCAUUGCCACCUACAGAGACAGAUUAUAUCACAACAAAAAACAGCCUAUUGGGCCGACGUCCGCGACCGUCUUGCGGAUGCUUUAGCCACUCUUACCUGGGAGAGCGAAAACCGUGAGAGGGAGCAAAACGGCUAUUUCCGGGCGAUGAGGGAUAGAUUCGAUUCCGAUGAUUCGCAAGACAUAUCAAAUGCAAAAAUGUCUGGGUCUGGAAGAUUGCUGGGUUUGUCACGCAGGUUUCCCAUGACCCACGCAGUCCGGCAUGCACGGCCUAGCAUGACAGAUUCUGCGAGAUCUCUAUCAUGCAUUUCCUGCAUGAGAAACUGCCUCUAAACUUGAUCAAAAGUGGAGAAAUUUUGGUAAUCAUGCACCACAAAUUUUUUCACGAUCCAGAUGUAGCAUGACAAGUUACACUCUUCUAGACCCAGACAUAUUUGCAAUGCACAAGACACGCGUAACUGCUACUCUGUAUCCGGCGACAAUAUUUAUUUCAAAGAGCAGUACCUGGCGGAGUGGUUCGCGGACAUCAACCAAUUACUACCGGAAAGAAGUUGGAGAAAAUUAAAAUGCAGCAAGAAAACCUCGCUCGGCGAGAAGGUUUGGUAUUUGAACACGGUAACGCACGAGUGGUUUUACGAGGAUGAUGUAGAGGCGUUCGGAUGGCGGAAGUUUUUAACGCCAGUGCAGCAAAGGGAGGUGAAACCUGACGGAGAAGACGAUUUUUCAGACAUGGACACGGAGGAUGAUGCUCGAGGACGGGCGAGAAAGAACCAGCAAAACGGAAGUAAUGGGAUUAUUACGAAUGGAACAACUUCGAAUCAUGUCCCAGACCACGAAAAUAACGUGAAAACGUUGCCAGUGAAGAGCUGCAGGUGGUUUUUGAAAGUGAAGGAGCCGGGAAUUGGCAGGUGGUUUCAUGCGAAUAUGAAGGGAUAAAAAGAAAGUAGUUCUUGCUCUUUAUCUUUUUCUCUAUUUCCCCGCCCGUUUGCUAAAAAUUUUGGAUUCGAGGCGGUUUGAUGUCACAGGAUUGGGCCUCGGGAGGGGGCGCCUUGAUUCAAACGUAAACGUCCAUGUCAUACUGAAGCGUGAAUCUGCCGUUUGCGUGUAGAACAAAAGCGAAGUUUCACUUCUAUUAUAUUGAGUUGGAGGACCCCCAUGUUGACCCUGCGAUGAUGAAUUACACCCCAGAAAAACAAGCGACCACUUUUGCGUGAAGAAGGGCCAGAAGAAUGCCCUUCUUUCCCCUCCUUUCUAACUCCAUUGUAUCAUGAGCAUGACUUUCAGAACAAUUCUGCCCACUCAGCGAAACAAGAACCCACUCUGGUCCAAAAUCUUUAUGGCAAUGCGCAAUAAAGGAU